CGAUGUUGCCUUCAAGCAAGCAACACACCAAGCUGCCAAGCAAGAGAGACCUUGUUCCCAAGCAAUUUCUUUCUGUCAUGAGCUCUCCCAGGCUAGUUCUGCCGGCAACGCCAGAAGCCGUGUCGUGCAUGCGCAAUGUGGGCACGCUGGAGCCAUCACAGGUCUUUCGCCUGCAAACAGCCAUGGCAAACCCCAUCAAGCUGCGGAGCGGCACGUUCCUCGCCUCGUCUUGGCCGACCGUCGAAGCCAGGCCCUUGACGCUGGCGUGGGAAAUUGCAGAUCUGUGCGAGAAGCGCGGUAUUGCCGUGAAGGACGUCCGGCUGGAAGGACACAUUGUCGCGUAUUGCAUGGACCCGGCCAAGGACUGCAAAUUGCUUGAGGUCGUGUUUCGCUUGACAACGACUAGCCGCGACGCCCUGGUUGCCACACGCGAGGUUGUUCUGGAUGCCCUCCGCAAAUACCUCCCCAGCCGAUGGGCAACACAAGAUGCGCACAUGGUAGCCGCAGCAUACAUGCAAAGCAUGCAGAUCACACCUCCCGACAACACGGACGACAUUCACGCAACGUUCCUCGUGCCUGGCACAGCCGGAUCCCCGUCCAUGCAGUGCAAGUUCGUGCAGCGUGCCCAGCCUCCGCCGACGCUUGACGAAUAUGGCGUGCAAAUCCUCCUCACCCGGGAUCAACUCACGACGUUCCUGCAAGCACACGCAAACGGCUCGCGCCUGCGCCCACCGUGCACACCAACACCGACUGUGCGGUUUGAGUGCUUGGUGGGAACGCCGGAGCAGGCCCUGGAAGUCCUCACACCAAGCAGACGCGUUGCUACAAACAAGAAGAACAAGCGUGCGCCGCUGCAACCCAUUUCUCAGCCUUCAUGGAACACUCCGAUCAAGCAUCAGCCAACAGCAACGGAGCUGCCGCUGCCCACAACGAUGAAGGGAAAAGCCGAGGCUUAUUCGAGCGCAGCAACGAACCAGUGCUUUGAUUUCGUCACCUGCUCCUGCUGGAAGAGCUCGAGCACAGACCAGAGCUCGAGAAGAGGCACAUCUUCCUCCUUUGCCUCCAGUGCCACCACCCCUUCUUCGUCAUCUUCAUCCAUCCAGUCGCCAGCAUCGUCGUCUCUGUCUUCUUCCACGAGAACGUCCGCCUCUGAGACGCCUUCCUCGGUUCAUAUUGACCAAGUGGUCGUGUGCGACGUGGAUCGGCUGACGCGCGCUCCACUCUACACAAUGCAGGCGCAGGUUGUGCCGCCACCGCUGCCUGGCGAUGCACAGGGGAAACGUGCGUCUCUUGUGCACAUGCCACGGCUGCCACCGCAGCGCCACCCACUCUCCUACACCGCGACCAACAAUACUCGCCGUGCCACAAACCCACGACCUCCUCCAGUCCGCCUCUGACAGGCGCACGCGUGCACAGCCCAUGCUUGGUUGGCCCGUAUGCAAGCGCGUUUGCGCGUUUUGAUUGUUUGUUUGCGUGCCUGUUGCCCUUAUCCUCUUAUCAGUGACGUGAGAUUGCAUACCAUCCUAUGCACUGACCUGUCGACCUUCCAUUGUUAUGUUCCCAGAAAGCAAUCACUGGCCCAUUACUUUUCGUGGGCGGCUGCCAUUCUUCUGCACGCAGCUUGCGCCCACAUUGUUCGCGUUAUCGUCCCAUUGACAAGUGGUGCAUCGGCACGUUUGUUAUGUUAUGUCACGCGGCCUUCGUCUUCAAGCUUUUAUGUUACAACUCGCAUGUUGGGCACUCCCAAAACUGAACUGAACACUUCUCAACACG